AAAAAAAGGAGGAGGGGGGAGGAAAACAACGUGAUCCACGUUAAACAAAAGACUCUGUGCACUAAUGCGGACUCGGAGGCGGGAGGCUGCCUGCCUACCUGCUGGAAGUGCACUUUCUGGCUCUCCCUGCUUAUAUAUAAACCGAGCCCUGCCUUUGAUGUUCUGCAACUGAUCAGCGAUCGGAUUACGGGCAUUUCAUCUCCCUGCUCCGCUGCCUUUGAUCUGCGUGGUUAAUUUUAUUUUCCUGGAUUUGGAGUUUCGCCUGGGCUUGUGCCGACACACGGCUUCGGGAAGGCAGAAGCGUUUGGCACGGUCGCACCGCCAGGGAGAAGCGAGGCUGCCGGAGGUGCCGGAAGGGUGAGGGCUGGAAGGAGUUCAGCACGUUGCAGAAACUUCUCAACAAAAAACACCUCUAAUAAGAACCAUGGCCUCACAAGUGCCUCCGGGACAGGACAAGCCACUUCUCACCGUUGUGGUUUUGCUGGCCUACUUGGCAUGUGAAGUGACCUGUGAGACCGGGGACUGCAGACAACAGGAAUUCAGGGACCGGUCCGGAAACUGUGUCCUCUGUGAGCAGUGCGGGCCGGGCAUGGAGUUGUCCAAGGAAUGCGGUUUCGGCUACGGGGAGGACGCUCAGUGUGUGACCUGCCGGCCGCACAGGUUCAAGGACGACUGGGGCUUCCAGAAGUGCAGGCCGUGCCUGGACUGCGCAGCGGCGAACCGCUCCCAGAAGGCCAACUGCUCUGCCACCAGCGACGCCACCUGUGGGGACUGCUUGCCCGGAUUUUACAGGAAGACAAAACUUGUUGGUUUUCAAGACAUGGAGUGUGUGCCUUGUGGAGACCCCCCUCCUCCGUACGAGCCGCACUGCACCAGCAAGGUGAACCUCGUGAGGAUCCCGUCCGCGGCCUCCAGCCCGCGGGACACGGCCCUGGCUGCGGUCAUCUGCAGCGCCCUGGCCGCCGUCCUGCUGGCCCUGCUCACCCUCUGCACCAUCUACUGUAAGAGGCAGCUGACGGAGAAGAAGCCCAGCUGGUCCCUGCGGGCUCAGGACACUCAGUACAGCGGCUCCGAGCUGUCCUGCUUCGACAGACCUCAGCUCCACAAGUCCGCUCCCCGAGCCCGCUGCCAGUGCCACCGGGACUUGGGCCCGACCUGCGGGCCCGUGCACCUGGUCCCAUCUCUGUGCUGCGAGGACACCUGCAGCCUGGACCCGGCGGCGCUCGGGGGCAGGGCGCACCCCAAGGCCACACUUCAGGAGAGAAACGCAGGUCCGCGCGGGGAGACGGCGCCGGCUCUCUUCGGGUCCCUCUCCCUGUCCGUCUCCGGCGAGUUUUCAGACGCCUGGCCUCUGAUGCGGAGCCCCGUUUCCGACGACGAUGUCUCCUUUCCUGACUCUUGCACGGAACUCACCGGAGAAGACGUCCAUUCCCUCAGUCUGGGAGACGGGUCCUUGACUCCCAACAGUAGUCAGGGUCUGGUUGGCGGUGCUGCCGCGAUCCGAGCUCCCUCCGAGAACUGUACAGAAACUCCUGAUUUCCUCGGAUCCAACUCACCGGCCGAACCGGCGCCCACUCAGGAGGUGCCAGCCAGCAGAAUCCAGCCAGACCGCGCCCCUCAGACGCCUCUGCAGGAACAGGAGCGCCUGUGAGGAGCCCACCGGCACGCACGCCCCCGGCACGCUCCCGGGCCGCGCAGUCCGGACCUGCGCGGCUUCUGCGGGGGGAAAAGCUGACCGAACCGAACUGCUGGCUCCGAGCCUUUCAGCCAGACCACCUCUGUGAGCCGGAACCCCGAGGAGACCAGGACAGGGCCGCAGGCGCCCACGGCGCUUUGUGUCUGCCCUAAACCAGAGGCCUCCGAGCUGCAGGCGGGACUGCAGAGGCUGGUGCGCCCAGCCCGCAGCCCAUGAGCCUCCAGCCGCCGCCAGAACCGGCUUGGCAGUCACACUCGUGCCCGUGGUGAAGGUGGCCCUACCAGACUGAGGACCUGGAGUCUGCAGUUUGAUCUGCAUUUUCUGCCAAAAAUGACUUCACGUAGCUGGUUGUCCUGUUCAAGGUUGAUAUUAGAUUAGGUGCCUUGGUUUUUAUGUCCAAAGGGUUCCACAGUCUGUGUUUCUAUUUGAGGACAGUCACGCUUUUGUCAUCUAAACCAAUGGGCAGAGGAGGCCUUGUAAACACUUCAGGAGUUGACAUCACACUGCCUGCCUCCGCCUUGGGUUUGCUGGAUGAGUCCAUGGGCCGCCCUAGAAAUUGGAGGGUGAAGGGACUCUCAAAGAAUCCACACUCUAACUCAGCCACCACUUAUUUCACAAGCACCUGGCAACGGGGGGACUGAGACGGGGAUGGAGCGGGGAAGGGCCCCCACCCAGUACCUGGUUCUGGGACCGCUGCCCAUGUGCGCUCGGUGCUGGAGUGCAAAGCUGAGCGGGUUUCUGUGAAAAUCAGCUCCAGCGGGAGCAUCUGUUACUCUCUUCCUGUGACUGAGCUUAGAAAAUGCAGAAUUCUCUUUUGUAGAAAAGUGGUAUUUAUACAGAUAAUGACCUUUUUGCUUUCUCUUACCCCCCACCUGUCCUCUGGCUCUCAGCUCACGUGUCUGUGAGCUCAGCGGGGGGCUUGGUUUUUAGUUUGCGUAUCAGACCCAAAGCUUCUAGAAAUGACAACACAGCAGGUCCCCUGCUACUGGAAUGGGCCACCACCAAGCAAGCAGUCUUGUGAGACCACACCGCGUACUAAAACCAGGAGAAGGAGCCUUCCGUCAGUGGCCUGUAGGUGACCAGCCUGCCCCUGCUGCACACAGUCAGACCACGAUGUGGCAGUGUGCCCUCCCAUCUUGUCAGCUGCGUUCGGAGCACAGUGACCUAUCUCAGCAGACGAUGCUGAUUCCGAGCGUGGCGCUUCUCUCCAGGCGCUGCCCCGCCUCCCGCCCCAGGUGUUCACACACUGGGAAUGUGGCUAGAGCCACGACAGACGCCAGCCCAGUUCAGUCGUGACCCUGGACGGCUCCUUUCUCUUCACCGCCUCGGCCUGGAGCAGCGUUAUUUAAGCACCAGUCGGCUUCUUCCCACCUGCGCCUACAGCUCAGCUCUGCCCCCUGCCUUUUCAUCUGCAGUUAAAAAAGAAAGAGGCCUUUCUUUGAACAUCAAUCAGCGCACUGAGAGAUUCUAGCUCAGAACGACCCCACCCAAGUCACUGCCUUUUAUCCAAACUGAACACCGAGGCGUCUUUCCUUGGACAUUUUUAUCUUCUAACUUGUGACCCCGUGCGUUUCUCUCUCUGCAAGACAUCAGCGAACCUCGCGGGCCUCCACCCGUGGCUGGGACAGCUCUGGCCCCAGCCUGAGGUCCGGACCUGUGGUGCCCACUCGGGCGCCUGCACAUUCUCCGUCCGCGCCUUUCCCUGAAAUAGGAGACGCAGUGGAGCGUCUUGUACUCACUCCCAACCUCCUGUGUCCAUCCAGGGCCAGUCAUCAGUGACUGAUUGCUGCUUUCUUCUUGUCCUUUUUACAGCGUAAGCCAACAGGUCUUGAACUUCAGUGCUCGCCAGCUCCUGGAGAAGUGCCUUUGGGAAACUCAGGUGAAACACUUCGGACUUCACUGGGAGAUGUUUGUGAACGUGCCCGCAGCCUGGCUCCGUGGCCGUUCACAGGCGUGCGCCUCGCCUGCGAGCAGGUCAUUUUCAUCUCCACAGAGGGAAGAUCAAAGUUGGCCGGGCUGAGCGCCUGCUUCUGACCUGACUGGGUGUCCCACGCGGGGAGCCCCCGUUCACUUUGGAGAUGAACACUCGCUGGAGAGAGCUGGGUUCAGGAGAACGAGACUGUCCAGAAGUCCCGAAACGUCAUUUUUGAUCAGUAAAAAAAAUACUUCGGGUCGAAAGUCAAUUUGGUCUGAUACUGCAUUUGAAAACUCCUGUUUUUUGUUUUUUUUUAAAUCAAGAUGAAGACUUUUACCCCCACCUGCUAUAGGAACAUACAAUGUUAUAUUCUGCACUCGUCGUAAACACUUCAGAAAAAAAUCCGUUUUGCAUUUCACAUUGUUGGAACGCCCCCCCCCCCCCCCCCCCCCGCACGCCCACGAACUCAGCCUGGAGGAUGCCGGGGCCUGGGGGUCGCUGGGCGGCAGGGGGUGCGGGCUGCUGACUUUUCAUGCUGCAGGUGCUGGUGGACAAGGAGGAGGUGAGCACUGAGGAAGCCACCACGUCCAUGCGUGGGUUUUCUACUUUUGUGAAUAUGGAAUAUAUUUUUCAAAUAUGAAUGUUUCUAUGUUAGAGAAAGUGUUAAUGUUGCUGUUACCUAGGUUAAACUAGUAAGAAAAAAAGGAAAAAACUGUUCUUGUUUUAGGGUAGUCAGCUUGACUCAAUUUAGAUUUCAUUAUUAUUGCUUUGCAUACUGGAAUUUUCUUACAUGAAUAGUUUUGUAAUGCCUUUAAAAAAAUUGUCAGUAAAGUUGU